GUUUAGCCACCCCUUUCGGUUUUCUUUUUCCUUCUUUUUUUUUCCCAUGUCGUUGGCCUCUGCUCUGCACCUUCACGUCACUUCGAUUUCUGCUUGAAAGUGAGGAAAGAGUUUGAAAAUCAACAAGCAAAAUGUCAGGUGAGGAGGCUGUUGCCACUGUUGCUCCAAUUGAGGCACCUGAGAUGGAUUUGACGACAGCUAUCCAGGUUGUGUUGAGAAAAUCACUUGCUCAUGGUGGGCUUGCUAGAGGCCUUCAUGAAGGUGCAAAGGCGAUAGAGAAGCAUGCUGCCCAGCUCUGUUUGUUGGCAGAGGACUGUGACCAACCCGACUAUGUCAAGCUGGUCAGAGCACUUUGUUCUGACCACCAAACAGAUUUGUUACCCAUUCCAAGUGCCAAGGUCCUUGGCGAGUGGGCUGGUUUAUGUAAGAUUGAUUCAGAGGGAAAAGCCAGGAAGGUAGUUGGUUGCUCCUGUGUUGUUGUGAAGGAUUUUGGAGAGGAUAGUACAGCUCUUACUUUUCUUCAGGACCAUAUCAAGUCUCAAUGAUAAGCUAGUUUAUCGGGUUUGAAGUAGAGAUUAACAUACACAGAGCCUAUGUUGAUUAGAUGAUGUCUUGAGUCCAGGGAGACCUUUUUUUGACCGUGUUCCUUCUUUUGUAUUUUGUCUUCCAUUACUGUGGGCAAAAACACCCAUAAUUGUAUUUCAUAUGCUGAGACAUGCAAACAUUGCUUUCUCCUUUAUGGUCUUAA